AUGGCCGUCGACAUCAACUGGCCAGCUCUCACCACCGGCCCCGAUGGCAAAGAAUACGCCGACGCCCUCUGCGGCUUCUUCCACGACAAAUUCCAACAAAUCCCCUUCCCAAAAUUCCUACGGUCCGUGAGCGUCGUCUCGUUCGACCUGGGUACCGUCCCACCAGAGAUCGAAAUCCAGGAUAUAACAGACCCAUACCCCGAAUUCUACGAAGACGCAUACGCUGAAGGCGAUGAUGAAGAUGAAGAGUUCGAUAAUGAGAUCUAUAACUCACCGGAGGAGAUCCUAAAACGGGCACGGGAGAGACGGAGGAGAGACCGGCGGGAGGGAUUAUCGGACUUCGAAGGGUCGUACCAUGCAGAUACCACCACAUCUGCACCGGUGACAUCGCUACAUACACCGAUAUUAGCACCGAUGGGAUUACAACCUCCUCCAUACAUCGACCACCGAUAUCCAGGUCUCAGACCAUCCUUCACACCAGCAGUCGACCAAUUCUCAUCAUCCACAUUCCGCGGCCCGACAUCAAACCUUCACUACUUCCAUUCCGCCUUAACAUCAGGCUUCUCAGGCGGGUUAACACCUCUAGCCUCCCUCCAACAAGCCUCAGUCGAAACCUUCCCCGGUAGAUCACCAUUAUACUCCCGCAGCCGUCGACAAAACCAACAACCCCACUCCGGCCUCUCCUCAACCUCACCAUCCCAAUCCCCCCCAUCAACAGCAGACUCCUCCAAAAUCCCCCCUCCGAUCUCAACAUCACACAAUAACCCCCGUCUAAACCUCUCCUCAGACGACACCCACCACACAGAUGGAACCCGUGAACCCCCUCCAACCCCCUUCUCCGACAUCUCCAUCUCCUCAGGACCCCAACAACAGCAACAACAGCAAGGCAGCGGAACCCUCCAUUCACCACUAGACUCCCCAACAACCCCACCAGACCCCCACGCCCCUCGCCUCCGUCUUCGAGAACCCCGCGAUUCAGAUAUUCAAAUAAUCGCAAGAGUAAGAUAUACAGGCGACAUCCGUAUGGAAUUGACCGCAGAACUCCUAAUCGACUAUCCUGCCCCUUCGUUCGUAUCCUUACCAGUACGACUAACAAUAACCGGCAUGACAUUCGACGGAACAGCCGUAAUAGCACAUAUUGGGAAACGUGCACACUUCUGUUUUGUAGAUAAUGAUCAUGAUCAUCAUGAUCAUGGGCUAGGAAAUGGGGGGGAUGGGAUAGCAAGUAUGUUGAAGGAGAUUAGGAUCGAUAGUGAGAUUGGAGAGAAGGGGAAAGGGAAACAGGUGUUGAAGAAUGUGGGGAAGGUUAAGGAUUUUGUUUUAGAUAGGGUUAGGAGGAUUUUGGAGGAUGAGUUUGUGUUUCCUAGUAGUUGGACUUUUUUGCUGUAG